AAAAACGAAUAGGAAAAAGUGUUAACUUACAAAUGAAAAGGGAACAGACGACAGCUUAAACUUUUUAAGGAUUUGCUUAUCUUUAUUAGCCGAGCCUGAGGCAAAAUAGCUUCACUUUCUUAGUUUCAAGUGUUUAUCAAGUCAACUUUUUUAGGGCCAAUCUUUCAGUCCUUCAGAUAGAGUUGCACUAGUGUUUUUUAUAGCUCCAUAAAGCUGAGUGAACAUUGCGUCAGCAAAAUUCAUUCCUUAGUCUUUUGUGAGGCACUGGACUAGAACUUUUUUUUAAUAACUCUUUGUUUCGAUAUUCUUAUAGAUAGAUACACCUUUUGAUUCGUUCAUUUCCGUAUACAACGCCGCUGCAGAGAAUAGCUUCGUGACUGAGGAGCAAAACAGAAAAAAAAAGAUUUUAAAAUUCUUUACUUGACGAUUAUGUCUUCGAUUGCGACCGCUGUUUUUAAAGCCACUAUUGGUUUGCUUGUGAAUAAAGGCAGAGAUAAGGCAGCGGAGAAGCUAAAAGAUGGCGAUAUAACAGAUCAGAAAUUUCGUGGAUUGAUCGUUCGUGAAAUUGGCGAUAUCAAGUCUAAGUUGGAUGGAUUAUCAAGAAAAGAUUUGCUAGCGAGUAUCAGCUUCUUUGAGGAAGGAAUCGAGUUGCUGUAUGAAGUGUUUAAUAAGGCAAGGUCCACAACCGAGCACGGUGCGGCAACAACGCAAGCCGCUUGUGAUGAAGCAUUUUCUCUCGUCAAAGCAAUGAGAAAGUUGGACCUUACUGACCUGGAUGAAUCAGCUACGAGGGCGCUUUCCGACGCGAAAGGAAGAUUUAAAGAUGCUCGCAGGGAAGCAACGAGGGCCUUCGCUAAUAAAGCUCUAGAAACGGCCGACCGAAUUCUAGCAAUGCAAUAUCGAGUUAUGGCCACAAUACUAGAGAAACUAGACAAUUCCGAGGACGCAGUAGCACCAUGUAGAAAGUGUAUUGAAGAACUUCACCGUCUGUCAGCUGUUCAAGAGUGUUUUAACGUCGAGCUAACGAAAGGCUUACGGGCUCGAUUUGGAAAAGACGAGCGCAGGAAAGUUAUUGCCGACGUCUCUCACGUGAAUUUCGUCAUCUACAGCACCACCCUGAUUGUCUGUUUCGGUAAUAAGGAGCUGUCAAACUGGCCUUGCGUUGGAAGUGGAGAGGACAAAGUGCAUCCAUUACGUGACGAGAGAGUAGCAAAAGUUCUGCGUAAACAGGGCGUGGAACACUGUUGUGUACCACGUUCAUUUGGUCAGGAAGGUGAAGAUGAGCACAAGCUGAAGAACCCGAGAGGAAUAGCUACAAACUCCAGCGGACAUAUCAUUGUUGGAGAGUAUGAAAAUGAAGUAAAGAUCUUUGAUCCUAGUGGUCAGUUCUUACAACGUUUCAGCGUCCCUAAUGAUGACGUUGAAACAAAGUUAUAUAUUCUUGAUGUAGCCACAGACAACCAGGACAACAUCUAUGUACUGGUCAGAUACGAGAAGAAGACUGGAUCUACUGUCACUGAGGGAUUGGUUGUUUAUGAAUUUAGCAACACCGCUGGCCUGCAUCACAAGUUUCCUGUAAGGGGAGAGGACUGGGACAGCAGGCUGACAGUCACCAACAGUCAAGUACUGGUACUGAGUAGGUACAGUAUGGCUGUGUGUGGCACUUAUGUGCACGAUUCUAGUGUGGAUGUGUACGAUACUGAUGGAGAGUUUGUUCGUUCGUUUGGAGAAGGAACAUUGAAGGAUGCGAGGGAUAUCACUGCUGCUAAUGAUGGCCGUGUUAUGGUAGUGGAGCGGGAUGAUUCCUAUGUUCACAUAUUCAGUGAAGACGGCUUCCAUCUGAAGGAGUUUAAACUCCAAGGACGUUAUUGGUAUCCAAGGAUUGCAUUUCACCGGGGGAGUGAACAUGUCGUCAUCACUGGUAUGGAAGAAGACCUAUCCGUCCCUGGUCUCCUGCAUGUGGAAAUAUUCACCAAAGAUGGCGACUUUGUGCGCAGCACUCAGAUCCAUGAAAAACGAAUUGACGUCAUUAGAGGAGUGACAGCGACCAUGGAUGGGCGAAUUGCGGUGCUUCUGCUAGAUACCGAUGACAAACAUAAGGUAGUUGUUUUAUGAAAAAUUAAAAGUAAUAUGAUGUUAUGAGGUUGUAACUGAACAUUUUCUCGUGUAUAAAGAAAGGAAAUUAGCUACAGAAUGCAGGGCCACUUUGGACCACUUCGUUUACAUGUGCCAAAACCUUUUAACGAAAGAAGCAUAACACACUAGGCACUUUUGUGAUUUAAUGAGACGUAAAUAAGUGGCCCUCCAUUUUGCAGUUUACCAAAAUUGGAGCGAAAAUAUAACCUUUAGCUAGGAAGUAAUCUGAAUGACUUUUAGCAGCAAUAUCAGUUUACUAGAGACGUAUCACCGCCACUAAAGCUCGAUAAAAACACAGAGAACAUGUUUUCUUUUUCUUACGGAAAAAUUUCUGAC